CGCACUGCCCAGUGUUUCGCUCGGCAGUGACCGUGAGAAUGUUUGAUCCGUUCAUGCUGUAAUAAACUCAACAAAACAGCACAAUGUCGUUACCGAGUUUACUUCAGUUAUUCAGACACUCGCUACAGCGACUCGAGCUCAGUUUAGCGCAGGCGGUGGGUUUUGACAGGAGCUUAGGUCCAGCACUGGCAGUGAAUGGUCCCAGCAUUCUCCCUCAAGCCCAUCACAACAGUGAUGAAGAAAGCUCAGAGCCCAGUUUCAUGGACAGCAUCUUCUGGAUGGCAGUUCCAAAAAAGAGAAGAACUAUCGAAGUGAAUCGCUGCAGAAGACGAAACCCAAAUAAAAUGAUAGAAGUCAAAAACAAUAUUGAGCCGUGUCCAGAGUGUGGCAACUUGAAACUAAAGCAUAUUCUGUGUGGAUUCUGCUAUGAAAAGGUCAGGAAGGAGACAGCAAUGAUACGAAAGCAGAUCUCCAUCAUGGAAGGGGCACCUCUCAAUACUCCUGCUGUGGAGUCUGUUGUGUUGUAUGAAAAUGAAACGCCUUCUGAUGACGACAAGAGAAAAGUAGAACGCAGCAGGAAACGUCCAUAUUGGUUCAAGAUGUAAUAUAUGUAAUUGACAUGUUGUUUUGUUAAUAUCAAAAUGUUGAAUAAAUUCAUGAAUUCUUUU